UCCGACGCAGCGGCACACACGGGACUUCUCCGCGGUGAUGGUCGACUUGUAAAGCCGCUAAAGUCGCGCUCAGACCCGGCCUGAACUUGCACCUCCGCCUCGCUCCGCUCCAAACCACUUUUACGCGGACUUUUGGGUGGGAUUUGGACUUUUCGCAGACUGGGCGUUGGAGAGGAGCGCUCUUCGGGGACCGUGGCUCGCUCUGUCCCCUCUGCACGCCUCUGAAGUCAGCUUUUCUCGGUUAUUCGCGUCAAAAGCCGAAGCAAACCCGCAAUGGUCGGAGAAACCGAGGUGAAAGAGCGGCCCAAGUCCAACCCGGACUACCUGAUGCAGCUGAUGAACGACCGCAAAGUCAUGAGCUCCCUGCCCAACUUCAGCGGCAUCUUCACGCAUCUGGAGCGGCUCCUGGAUGAGGAGAUCGGACGUGUUCGUAAAGACAUGUACAACGACACGGUGAACGGAGGAAUGUUCACCGGACGAGAGGAGGAGCUGCCCGAGGCCAUCGGCCCCGUCGCACAACUGCAGGAGAAGCUCUACGUGCCAGUGAAGGAGUUCCCCGACUUUAACUUCGUGGGGAGGAUCCUGGGACCACGAGGACUCACCGCCAAACAACUGGAGGCAGAAACGGGCUGCAAGAUCAUGGUCCGAGGCAAAGGAUCCAUGAGGGACAAGAAGAAGGAGGAGAUGAACCGAGGGAAACCGAACUGGGAGCAUCUGAGUGAAGACCUGCACGUCCUCAUCACUGUAGAAGACACUCACAACCGAGCCAAGAUCAAACUGCAGAGGGCCAUCACCGAGGUCAAGAAGCUACUGGUGCCCGCGGCCGAGGGAGAGGACAACCUGAAGAAGAUGCAGCUGAUGGAGCUCGCCAUUUUGAACGGGACGUACAGAGACGCCAACAUCAAGACACCAGCGGCGUUCCCUCUAGCGCCCCCUCAGGCUCCGCGGAUCAUCACAGGACCCGCCCCCGUCCUGCCCCCCCUCCGAAACCCCGCCCCCGUCACCACGCCCAUCAUGCCUCUGAUUCGUCAGAUCCAGAGCUCCGCCCUGGUCCCGGGAGCCAAUCCGCACGCGGCUCUGGUGCAGCAGGGCCCUGAGUCUGGGAUCAUCUACGCGCCGUACGACUACCCGUAUACCCUCACGCCGUCCAUCCUGGAGUACCCCAUCGACUCCAGCGGGGUUCUAGGUAUGGCUUUUCCCACCAAAGGCUAAGGCUAAAGCUAAGGCUAAGCUAAGGCUAAGCUAAGGCUAAACUGAGGCUAAGCUAAGGCUAGCACACACGGACUGCCUUCUGUUUACUGUCCUCCUCAGUCUGAACCACUCCUUCUCCGUUUUAGCUCUUUGUUUCCGCACAUUUUGUACUAGCGCAUCUGAGACUAGCGUUUGGUGUGAUGACCGCUACAUUUUUAACGUUUUUAGCUUCUUUCCGCUUCGAUUUUAACGCAGUUGUAGUGAAGUCUUAGAUUAAAUGUUAAUAAUUGUUUUUGUAGAUUGCUUAUUUUGAUCACAGAGCUAAACUAGAGUGACUUAAAGCUAAACUAGUGAAGCGUAGGCUAAUUGUAUAAGUAACUUUUUAAAGAGAUAAGGACCACAGAAUUAUGAGAUUUUAUAUAUAUUUUUAUUUUAUUUUAUUUUACUUUAUUUUAAAUAUUUUUUACAUGAUUCCUGGGAAAAUUCUGGAUGUAAACUUGGGCACAUUUUGGUGCAAGUUCCAGUGUCAGAUUAAAACAUAAAGCACUGAAAUGUCUUAAAGUGACGGUAGCUCAGUUGGUACAGAUGUUUGCCUGUUAUCCAAAAGGUUUUAGGUUCAAUAACCGUUAGUAUAGGCUUAAGCACCACACUAUGUUUUCUUUUACCUAUGCUAUUUCCAUCCUGUAUAUGUAAUAAGGCCUACGGAGCAGAAAAGUGCCACAAUUCAGAAAUAACUUUAACUUUAAAUAAGUCCAGAAAUACAUAACCCUUGAAGUGCAUAUGACAGGCCAGGCUGUAAUUUCUCUAAAACAUCGUUAACGUCGUUAGAUUUAAGACGUGACAGCAGAUGUGACAUACGUAGAGGUAAUUACAUAACAGUUACCUAGCAAACAUAAUGUAAACGAGAGCCAAAACGUGUCUAAAUUACACAAUAGUUAUAAUUACACCUUUAUUUUGUUAAAUUAAGGUUUAAACUGUCAGAAUAAUGCUUUGCCCGUAAAUUAUCUCUGCAUUUUGGAUUCACUUUACAUUGGAAAACUACUGUCGGACUGGCGUUUUGCUCGUAACCCUUUAGCGUCGGAUGCUAUCGUUGCCAACAGACUCGCGGUUGCGGACUUUCCAUCGCCGUAACUCCGCGAUCGAUUGUGCUUCGUGUAAAUUCAAACGGCGUCUCA